GGUGCAUUGAUCAGAUCCCCCUGUCCUGUUUCAGACAGGCCCCAAGGCUUCACAAAGAAAAGAUAAAACAGGGCUUGGCAUUGACGCAAAGAUUUUUGCAAGAUUGAGCUACGGUUUGGUGUAAUUUUAGCCAUCAGCAAGAGGAACUAUGUCCUCUAAUCCCGAACUCUCCCGUGUUCGGCCUCAGCCAACGUCCAGCACCAUCACGGCACUCAUGCUGACGUAUCGGCCGAUCAUAUUCAUGCUGUUUGUCGGGCCAACGCUGAUCAUGUCCUUGCCGCUGAUGUCUAUGGUAUUUGGAAGCAUCCUUGACAGCACAACGGACCAACACAGUUUUCUGGCAAUUUGUAUUGCUGCAAUUUCGUCAAAACAGCUUGAACGAUACAUCACGAAGGCGGCUCCGACAAAGKAAAAGGCGAUGAACUCGUUGGAGCAAAACAGAGGCAUGGUCAUGCUAGCGGCAUUUGUAACGAGUGUGUUUGCCAUUUGGUUGGUCGUGGUUCCAUUCGAGAAAGUACUAGGACUGAGAUCCAUCUUAACAUGGUCACCGUCCAUUUCCUUUGCUGUUGCCAUUCGUCUUGCCUUCGGUGGAUUUCUGUUGGGGUUGUCUAUUGGUAAGUGAUCGAACCAUGUAGCCUUUUGUGAGAGAUACGAGUGUACCCGUGCAUCAAAAAGAAAAUAUCUUACCACUCUUCAUUGACGCCUCCAAUGCACUCUAGUUGCUCGCUAUAUCGGACCUCAGUCUAUCGGUAAGUUCAUACCAUUCUCGCUGUGUCUCACCGGUAUCACCGGUCCACCCUAGAAUAACCCGAAAAAAACUAACAGAGUAUCUUUUGUCACGCUAUACAGUUCGCUGCUCGUCGAGCCCAUUAUUGGUCAAUCCAUAUAUCAGAACCUUUCGAAGCAUUCUUCGAAGCGCCGGGUCCACGAUCAAUGCACCCCAAAAAAUUUGUCAACCGGAUGAGAUCCAGAAGCCACAGCUUUCAAAACGGCAAGAAACAAAUCCAAGGAGACUUCAACUUCCUUUAUCUUCGUCACUGGCCGCUCAAAUCAUAAUUUCGAUAGUUGCUGCGGUAGUUGUUGCUUUCACAUGUGUUCUGCCUUUUGUUCACGAUGAAUCCUUCGGCGACAACAGUUCACUUGUCAAGACGAAACUAAUUAUGUCAUGUAUCAUAUCUAUUACUUUGCAACUGCUGGCCACAACGAUCCAAGGAAUGAAUCACGAGAUUGAUCCAACUCAGUACCGAUCGAAAAGUGUCGUCACUUUAACCAGCCUCCUAAAUUCAUUGAAGUCUGCUGGUCCUUUCAUUUUUGCAAUUCCCAUCUUGGGAGUUUCUAUCUACAUACAAAAUGCCACAUUUCAAUGGAGUGAUGUCCUGGUGUGUUGUAUAAUUCUCCCCUCAGUCAUCAUGUUGUACAUGUAUCUGUUCGACUACAUCUUGAGAGUCUUUAUUUGUAAAACACCCGCCAACAUCAAGAAACUAGUAGAAGAAGCCUCUGGUGGUGAUGCUAGGUUGGAAAUAUUCGUGGAUGUCAUCCUUCACAGCCUCUUGCAUUCUAACGAAGAUUUGGUUGUAGCAAUUGGAAAGAUUUCUACAAACUCCUCUGCGUGGAUGGAUCUCGAGCAAGAAGAGCGAAAACGAAAUAAUGUCGCAAUCGAAAAAAUGGCCCAAACGCUUCUACAUAAAACCAGCAAAGAUGAAGUAACGCCCCAUUUGGAAGAUGAUAUUCUGCGUCUCGCGAUUCUCACCUCCUUCGAAGGAAUUGCGAGACAAAAUUGGAUUCAGUCAACAUCAAAUAAGAUUACCGACGGGGGGGGAUAUUCGAUAGAUUCAUUUGCUGUUCCGAUUGUACGUGCUUUAUGUGCGUAUGCUGGAGGUAUUGGGGAAGCGUUGCGACUCAUUGCUGAUUCCGAGAAUAAAACAUCUUUUGAUGAUUCAUGGGUUAUCCCACCUGGUGCUCUGUUCAUGAGUGGGCUUUCCAUUCGAGGAGCCACUCGCUGGAUUCUUCAAAGUAAUUUGCCGGGGAGAAGUAACAGCCUUGCAAUUUUGAUUCCUGCCUUAUUGAAUUCUGUCCAUAAAUUGGAAGCCGGCGUAGUACAAUAUUCCCAGGCAAUCAGCGGGUCCGUAGCCAUAGGUGAAACAGAAAAGACCAAGUUACUCCAAAACGUCACUCCUCAACUGUUGUCACUCUUCAACACAUGCAACGACUGCGCUCGAUCCGUGGUUGAAGCAACAAAAGCAAAACCAGGAUUCCGUAGGCUAGAUUUCUUGGGAUCGCUCGAUACGGAGUGCCAGAAAUGGAUAAGUUCUAUAGAUCAAUAGUAUCCUGACUAAUCCACAUCAUCGUGCAGCAACAAGGUUGACAUUAUAAAGUUAUUUUCUACUAUCUCAUUAAAAAAUUGAACGAAGACAUCAUCAAGUAUUGGCAACACGUAGAACGCACACGAGUUCAAAGGCUCGUAUUAUAACAAUCAAUUUAAAUUUAGCUA